GGCUUGUAGUUGUAGAUCAUAGUUGCAUCGAUCAAAUCAUGGCAAGGACACGGAGGACGACAAUGUUACACCUUGUCCUAACCCUCUACAUCCUCUCGGUCUCGGGCCAAAACACGCUCUCUAAUUUAGGUCAUUCCGCUGCAAUCCAUGGAUUCCUUGGCUGCCUCUCCGCGGACAUCCCGUCUGGCCUCAUCCAGACCCCGGCAACCCCGUCCUACUCCGCCCUCCUGCUGUCCACCGCCCGGAACCUCCGCUACAUCCUGCCGGACACCUCGAAGCCCGUGGGGAUCAUCGCGGCCGCCGAGCACGCCCACGUGCAGACCACCGUGCGCUGCGGCCGCCGCCACGGCGUCCGCGUCCGCGUGCGCAGCGGCGGCCACGACUACGAGGGCCUCUCCUACGCCUCCGUCCACCUCCACAACGAGCCCUUCGCGGUGCUGGACCUCGCCGCUCUCCGGGCGAUCCACGUCGACCCGGCGCGUGCUGAGGCGUGGGCCGAGUCCGGGGCCACCGUCGGCGAGCUCUACUACGCCGUCGGCGCCGCCAGCCGCUCGCUCGGGUUCCCGGCGGGCUCCUGCCCCACCAUGGGCAUCGGUGGCCACCUGAGCGGCGGCGGGUUCGGGUCGCUGGCACGCAAGUACGGCCUCUCCGCUGACAACGUCCUCGACGCCCUCGUCGUGGACGCGGACGGAAGGCUGAUGAACAGGAGCAGCAUGGGGGAGGAGCUCUUCUGGGCUAUCUGUGGCGGAGGCGGCGAGAGCUUCGGCGUCGUGCUGUCGUGGAAGGUGCGGCUAGUCCCCGUGCCGGAGACCGUCACGGUGUUGAGCAUCACCAGGUCAAGGAGCCAAGGUGCCGUCGAACUGAUCACCAAAUGGCAAGAGGUGGCGCCGGUUUUACCGCAAGAAGUGUACCUCCGCGUGCUGGUGCUGAACCAGCAGGCUAAUUUCCAGGCCAUGUUUCUUGGGCGGUGCGGCGGCCUCCAUCGGCUCAUGCAAUAUCGCUUCCCCGAGCUUGGAAUGACGGAGCAAGACUGCGAGGAGGUGAGCUGGGUGCAGUCCACCGUCUUCUUCGGCUUCUCCACGACGUCCAUGCCGCCGGAGCAGCUCCUCAACAGGAGCAGCAACCCGAGCUACUAUCUCAAGGCCAAGUCGGACCACGUGCAAGACCCCAUUGCAAGGGACGUGUGGGAGAGCAUAUGGGCAGGGUGGCUGGACAAGCCCGAGGCGGCGCUGCUCAUGCUGGACCCUUACGGUGGGUUGAUGAGCAGCAUCUCGCCGUCGGAAACGCCGUUCCCGCACCGGCGGGGGAACCUUUACCAGAUCCAGUACUACUCCUUCUGGUACGAUAACGGGACGGCUGCAGCGGAGAAGAGAAUGAGCUGGGUCAGGGGACUCUACAACGAGAUGGAGCCUUACGUGUCCAGCAACCCAAGGGCUGUGUAUGUCAACUACAGGGACCUUGACCUCGGGACGAAUGAGUUGGACGGCAACGUCACCAGCUAUCACAAGGCUACAGUAUGGGGACACAAGUAUUUCAAAGGUAAUUUUAAGAGGUUAGCAGCUGUCAAGACCAUGGUGGAUCCCCAUGAUUUCUUCAGGAAUGAGCAGAGCAUCCCUCCUCUUCCCCGCUGCCAAAAUGAUACACUAUAGUAGAUGGAGAUACCAUCUGAUCUCAUUUCUGUGGAGUAGUGUGCGGUGCUCCUGAUUGUCUCUACAUGUUUCGACUCUUAAUUCUUGGUGUUGUCACGUGUUUAUAAUCGUGUAUUCGUGUGGGUGGAAAAAAAAUUGUGUAUCGUAUCAAGCUUAUGAAAAUAAGUAAUAAAUAAAAUGGAAUGAUAUUGUUCCUUUGUUUAAA